CAUUUCUUUACGAUCUGUUCUUACGAUCGCGUCGCUUCGUAAUACUCUGUUGUGUUUUAGAGUAUUCCAUUCAUCCUAUUCUUAUCCAUUCUUGUCUUUCGUUGGAAUCGAGAGAGGAAGAGGAAAGUAUUUACAUAAUAUAUUGAAAUAUUUGUGAAGCGUCGUCAUGGGUUGCGAUGGUGGCACUAUUCCUCGCAGAGACGAGCUUGUAAGGGUGAAAAGGAAACCGGAACAGAAAGACAAAGAAGCAGAAUUAGCUUUUAAAUGGAAGCACUGUACAAUACGGCAAUUACCACUGCAAUCACCGAUCGUGAGUUGUGGCUUAGGUCGCCUGUACAGUAAAGAAGCUGUGUUGGAAGGUCUUUUGGAUCGAAAUACCCUUCCAGAAUCUGCAGUACAUAUUAAGAACUUGAAGGAUGUAAGGAAUCUCAAUUUAACACCAAAUCCAGCAUUUGAUGGUGAUAAAGCUGAGAAAGGAGACCGUUACAACGAUGGAGGCAAAAGUCCAUUUAUUUGUCCAGUCAUUGGUUUGGAAAUGAAUGGAAAAUAUAAAUUCUGUUUCUUAUGGUCAUGCGGCUGUGUAAUGAGUGAACGUGCCCUCAAAGAAGUAAAGAGUACAUCGUGUCACAAAUGUCAGCAACCAUUUGAAGAGACGGACAUAGUCAUAUUAAACGCAGAAGGAGACGACGUGGACCUCAUGAUGAAGCGAGCGGUGCUUAGAAAAACUAGUCAAAAGAAGUCAAAGAAGAAGAAAUUAGAGGAUGAUGUCUCAACAGAAGAAAAGAAGACGGAUGAAGUGUCGAAGAAAAAGAUGAAAAAGGAGGAUAAAACAAUUCCUAAAUUGAACAAUAAUCAUAAGGAGGCCGAUGAUCCUGCUUAUAAAAAAGCUAAAAGUGAUUACAGCGUUGCGAAAGAUCCCAAAGCGUCGGAAGUUUUCAAAAGCAUUUUUACUACUCAUAAAUCUGCAACAAAACAAGACAGAGCGCACUGGGUUACUUAUAAUCCAUUUUAUAAUUAAUGUAUAUAUAAAGCAGUUAAUAUGUUCUUAGAAAGAAAAUGUAAAAAACGAUUUACAUUAUAAUUUUGUGAUUUAGUUCGAAUCAGUAUUUGCGAAUUCAAUGAAUCCGGACAUUUUCUCAAUUACGUUUUGAAAAAUUUUUUAUAACAAAUAUUUUUCAUGACUUUACAUAUUUUCAUUUACAUAAUGUUAUUCUUCAAAUGUUUUGUUCUUUAAAAUGAAAAAAAAACUGUUCUAUUAUGCUAACGUUAAAUAGAUACAUUAAUAUAUUAUAUAUAUUAAGAAAGUUGCAGAGCGAAUACUGAUUAGAAGAGGGGGGGGGAGGGGAUUAAAGCUUUAAAAUAUAUAUAAUAAGCGAAGUACAAUUUAAUAUUAUUUGUUAUCUCAUUAGUUUAAGAAAGCCAAUAAAUAACGUUUUUUGUAA